ACCCCACCAGCUGCAGAUGAAAGAUGAGGACUCUACUUUUUGGUUUUGCUUUUCUUAUUGCCGUUUUGCGCGCGCUUUACAAAUGUUUGGCCCCUAGCGACAUGCACUAGGCCCCUCUAAAUGGGAUGAUGGCUCACCCUCACCCACCCACCCGCCCGCCGGUCUUUCUUUUCUUUAUAUACUAACUAACAAAAUCACCUCUCAUCUCUUCUCUUCUCUUCUCUUCUGUCUUCUUCCACUCCACUCCACUCCCCGGCCGCUGCUCUCUUCGAUCUCUUUCUCGUUCAUGCCCUCAGUCUUGUAAGUGAAACUGUACUAGUGUACCUGCAGAAUCACUACUGCACCAACUUCUCCUCUUUCCCCACGCCCACGUACGUCGACCCAUACUAUACUAUAGUAGUACUAGUGUAGUGCCCUACAAUUACAAGUCAAGUCAAGUGAAGGGGUUGUUAGUUAAUUGGCCUCUUCUCUUUUCGCCACUAAAGCAUCAAAAGGUGAAAAAGUAAGCAAGUGUCGGUUGGAGUGCCCUUAUACUUUUAUAUAUAGAGUAGAGGACGGGCGGGGCGGCGGACUGAAGAGAUGAAGGAAAGGGAGAGGAAACAAGCGGCGGCGGCGUCGCCAUGCGCGGCGUGCAAGCUGCUGAGGAGGAGGUGCGCCAAAUACUGCGUGUUCGCGCCAUACUUCCCGGCGGAGGAGCCCCACAAGUUCGCUAACGUCCACAAGGUCUUCGGCGCUAGCAAUGUCAACAAGAUGCUUCAGGAAUUACCAGUGCACCAGCGAGGAGACGCGGUGAGCAGCAUGGUGUACGAAGCCAACGCCAGGGUGCGGGACCCGGUGUACGGCUGCGUGGGCGCCAUCUCGUCGCUGCAGCAGCAGAUCGACCUGCUCCAGACCCAGCUGGCUCUGGCCCAAGCUGAGGUGGUCCACCUCCGGCUCCGCCAGACCGCACCGGGCUUCUCUGGGAGCCCAGCUCACAGUACUGGGUCUCCUCCAACUUCAAGGCUCAUGGGGAGGCCCAUCUUCGAGAUGGACAUGAUCGACCAGUCCAUGUGGUCGUGCUAGUCUAGCUCUGUGACUAGCUAGCCCAGGCCCAGGCCCAGGCCCAUUCUCAUCAUCCUACAUUCCACCAUCUCCAGUUUGAGUAUUUGAAAAUGGAGGAUUUUUCUUUCUUACUCUAGUUGUAGUAGUCUAUGGUAUACAAGCAAGCAAGGAAGCACAAUAGCACGUAGCAGCUCUACCAUGGCGGUGGAGCGGUAACGACCCGGCCGACAUCUGUGGCCGUUCGAGCCGUUUUUAUCUCUUCUCUUUUCUGUUUUGGUAUUUGGGUUUGUUUGCUGGAUUGUACAUAUAAAAUUAGUUUAAAAACCAAUCUAUCUAUCCAUAGUAUCCUGCUGCUUAUCUAGACUC